UUUAAUCAGCGAUUGGAAAAAUAACAGGUAGCCUUGUCUGUCCGCCUCUCGCACCCAUAGACACCCAGGAGAGAAGAGAGAGAGAGGAAAACAAAUAAAUAAAGAAAAAACACAAUAAACCCUUUAUUGACGCUGCUGGUUGGCGUGUUUUUUUUUUUUCUUGUUGCGGCCGACUAGACAGACAGUCCUCGGGCUCCAAAACAGCCGGGGUUGAAACGCAACGUGUUUUUGUUACUGAGUGUCACCGCAGUCGGGCUGUGUGUGUCUCCAUGAACCGGGCUGCUUUAACGGGGCUGCAGUCAGCCCGUCUCCCCGCCUCUGGACAGCUGAUCGCCGCCUGAGAAUUUAGACCCAUCCGGAGACGACACCGUGGAUAUGGAAUGGUGCAUGCCGCUGGGCCAAGUUUUCAGCCUCUGAAAAACACCGGAAUCAUGGACAGUCAUCCGCUGUGCACCAGACUUUGUCCACACGCUCUGGACAAAGAAGAUGGCGUCGAGAGACAAGGUCCGGUCACGCUCAACCCUCGGCACAUGAGGAAGGCGUUCAAAGUCAUGAACGAGCUGCGCAGCCAGAGCUUGUUGUGCGAUGUGACCAUAGUGGCGGAGGACGUAGAGAUCGCCGCUCACAGGGUGGUUCUGGCUGCUGGGAGUCCCUACUUCCACGCCAUGUUCACAGGUGAGAUGGCAGAGAGCCGGGCGAAGCGAGUGAGGAUAAAAGAGAUGGAUGGUUGGACUCUGGGCCUGCUGGUCGACUACAUCUACACAGCAGAGAUACAAGUCACAGAGGAUAACGUCCAGGCAUUGCUGCCUGCAGCCGGCCUGCUCCAGCUGAACGAGGUGAAAAAAGCUUGUUGUGAGUUCCUGAGCUCUCAGCUUCAUCCAUCCAACUGUCUGGGGAUACGAGCUUUCGCUGACCUACACGCCUGCUCUCAGCUCCUCACACAGGCCAACAGCUACGCAGAGCAACAUUUCACGGAGGUGGUUGGGAGUGAAGAGUUCCUCAAUUUGGGCAUGGAGCAGGUGUCCAGCCUGAUCGCCAGCGACAAGCUCACCAUCCCCACAGAGGAGAAGGUGUUUGAGGCGGUGAUCGCUUGGGUCAACCACGAUAAAGACGUCCGGCAGGAACACUUGGCUCACCUGAUGGAACACGUUCGCCUGCCGCUUCUCUCCAGAGAAUACCUGGUGCAGCGGGUGGAGGAGGAGUCUCUGAUCAAGAACAGCAGUGCGUGUAAAGACUACCUCAUCGAGGCCAUGAAGUACCACCUGCUGCCCGCUGACCAGAGAGCUCUGAUGAAAACUGCACGCACACGCAUGAGGACUCCAGCCUGCUGUCCAAAGGUGAUGGUUGUGGUUGGAGGCCAGGCUCCCAAAGCCAUCCGCAGUGUUGAAUGUUAUGACUUUGAGGAGCAGCGGUGGUACCAGGUGGCCGAACUCCCGACCAGGAGGUGCAGAGCAGGUGUGGUGUACGUGGGUGGGUGUGUUUAUGCAGUUGGUGGUUUCAACGGUUCUCUACGUGUCCGGACGGUCGACUGUUACGACCCCAUGAUGGACCGCUGGACGAGCGUGAGCAGCAUGCAGGACCGUCGCUCAACGCUCGGGGCUGCUGUGCUCAACGGACUCCUGUACGCUGUGGGGGGGUUCGACGGCAGCACAGGUCUGUCGACAAUCGAGGCGUACAACGCGAAGACAGACGAGUGGUUCCAUGUGUUACCCAUGAGUACCCGACGAAGCAGUGUAGGAGUCGGUGUUGUCAAUGGGAUCCUGUAUGCAGUCGGUGGCUAUGAUGGUGCAACCAGACAAUGUCUUAGUACAGUAGAAGCUUACAACCCUAAAAGCAACGCGUGGAGCUACAUCGCAGAGAUGGGCACGAGACGCAGUGGAGCAGGUGUAGGUGUGUUGAAAGGUUUACUGUACGCUGUCGGGGGUCAUGAUGGUCCUCUGGUGAGGAAGAGCUGUGAAGUUUAUGACCCGGCCUCUAACAGCUGGCGGCAGGUAGCAGACAUGAACAUGUGUCGACGCAACGCAGGUGUGUGUGCUGUAAACAACAUACUGUAUGUGGUGGGAGGAGACGACGGCAGCUGCAAUCUGGCUUCUGUUGAGUUCUACAAUCCAAACUCAGACAAGUGGACACUACUGCCGACCUGCAUGAGCACAGGACGCAGUUAUGCAGGUGUGACUGUGAUUGACAAGCCGUUAUGACUGCUCUUGACACUCGCCACUGAUUUGAAGCAGAACGUAUUCCCCUGCUGAAUACUGAUCUUGGAUCUGUCUAUGACGCCGAUGCUUGGAUGUUGGUCAGCAUUGGCACGGGCACUGACGAAGAUGAAGAAAAAUGACGAGAAUGUUGUUGAGGAUGAUGACGACGCUGAAGAUUUUUUUGCACUUACCUGAAAGGGGGAGCUGUAACAAACGGGGGGGAAUCGAACCCGUGUUUUAAUCCCCUCCUGGCAGGACUGCCGCUGGCGACUGGACAAAGCAGUUUGAAGCGCCGCUGCAGUGUCAUUGAAACGCUGCUGAUAUGAAGCUACUUUAAUCGCAAAGCUACUUUAACAUUAGUAAUGUUAACAUGAACCGGCUCUGAGAGAGACCACUGAUCCAAUCUAUGGGAGAGGGAGACAGAGAAGGACCAUUUGGGACUGAAAUCUUUGUUUCUCCUUUGUUUUUAUCGUGAUGUGUGUGUGAGUGCGUGUGUGAGUCAGUGUGUGUGUGUGUGUGUGUGUGUGUGUGUGUGUGUGAGCGCUUGCAUUUAAAGGUGCUCCUUUGCUUGCACAUGUGAGCAUGAGUGUUUGUGUGCAUCUGGGUCUCUUGUGUGGUGACGCCCGGUCCGACGCCGCAUGAACGCACUCUGUCUGACCUCUGACCUUUUACAGUGUUGCAGUGUGGCUGUUCAAGAGUGCCUGAAUGUCAAGUUACGCCCCUCCUCUUCUUCUUCCCCCUCUGUUAUGCCUUGAGUACUGUUACUGGACAGAGCGCAGCUGCUCCGGGACACGUUUGAGAACUGACUCCAAAUCUGUGAUGAUGUGUCAGUUGCGUCGGCCCGCAUGAAUUCAGAGAAGCGACGUGAGAAGCAUUUGCAGAAAAUGUACAUUUCCUUUAAAAAAUAAAUUUAAAAAAAAGCAGACUUUAACUCGAACACUAAGCUUCUGGUGAAGGAGAGGAGUCAUUCAUGUUGCCAAAAACAGUGAUAGACAGAGGGGGAAGCUGUUGGAGGUGAAAAACAGCUGGAUGUAUCAGUGCUUUACUGUCACCCCGGCAGCCAUCUUUGUUGUGGUUGUAACCACUAAUGACAACAACAGCCUGAAGUCCCUGCAUGGUCCCUAAACUUCAAACCUCCUAUCCUUCAACAGUUCCCUCUUCCUCCUCCUUCGGUGUAGCAACCCUAUUAACUACUGCACACCCUGACGUACUAUGAAUGUGCCAAUUUUAAUAUGUCUCUUCAUUUCUGUCUCUCUUUACUACUUUACUAAUCUGUUCUCUCUUUCUGGAAAGUGACCAAACCUACUCUUGAUUUUCUGUUCCUCUUUCUCUUCCCUACUCCUCCUAUAUUGAAAAAAAAUAAUGCUCUAAAAGUAACUGGUAUCGCUGUUUUCUUGUCAGUGUAUUGAGGAAUGUCCCGUAGGCUAAUGACUUUGAAAAUGUUUCAUUACUUGUUUUAUAUUAUCAUUAAUAAAUAUGCUUCUUGUAUUUAAAGCUGUGAAAUGACAUAAUCUGUUUUUAAAAC